AUGGCGACUACUGCGCAUAGGACACUCUCUAUUCGUUCGGAUGCCGAAAAUAUACCACCCGAGAAGGAUACCGUCAUGCGUACCGAGUUUCAACAUCGUGGAGGCAUGAGCCCUGAAGAUAUUGAGUUCCUCGCCAGAUUUCCGGAUGAGCGAAAGAAGAAGGCAGUUCGAAAAGUGGAUUUACGUCUUGUGCCCAUGCUAGUACUAUUGUACCUUAUGGCGUAUCUUGAUAAGACGAACAUUGGAAAUGCCAAGAUAGAGGGCUUGCCGAAGACUCUCAAUAUGAGCAACAUCGAUUACAAUGUCGCGGUGUCUAUCUUCUUCAUUCCCUUCGUUCUGGCCGAGGUGCCCAGCAACAUGAUCCUCCACAUGUUCAAACGGCCGUCGCUCUACAUGGGAGGAAUUGUCACUGUCUGGGGAGUCAUCAUGACUUUGACAGGAGUUGUUCAAAAUUUUGGGGGGCUCAUAGCCAUCCGAUUCUUCCUUGGACUGUUUGAGGCCGGGUUCUUACCUGGAGCAAUUCUGAUCAUCUCCAAAUGGUACCUCCCAAACGAGACACAAACCCGUAUUGCGAUACUAUAUACUUCAGCAGCAUCUGGCGGUGCGUUUUCGGGACUUCUAGCAUUUUCCAUCGCGAAGAUGGAUGGUGUAGCAGGCCUCGAGGGCUGGAGAUGGGGUAUUGCCACUGUUGUCAUCGGAAUUAUGUGCUUUUUCCUUUUGGUCGACUCUCCCGCACUAUCCAAGUGGCUCGACGCCGAUGAGAAACGGUUUCUCGAGCUCCGCCAAGCAGCCCGCCGCGUCGUGCGUCCAGACGAGUUCCGCGACAAGCACUUUGAUAAGCACGCCUUCUAUUCGGUCGUCUUUGACUGGAAAAUGUGGCUUCUGAUCUUUGCCAACUGGUCAAACGCUGUCCCCAACUACGCCAUGAAGUUCACCAUGCCCCAGAUCAUCAAGAAUAUGGGCUACACUUCCAGCGACGCCCAACUUAUGACCAUUCCACCGUAUGCCAUUGGCGCAGUGUCUGCCUAUGUCUUCUCCGUCUUUGCUGAUCGGUACUCGUGGCGGUACCCCUUUCUCGUUGCGCCUCAGUUGUCCCUUAUCGUAGCAUUCAGCAUCCUGUUCACGAAAAGUGGUGAUAUUAAGAACAACAUUGGCGCAUGCUAUUUUGCUGUUUGUAUUGCUUGUGCUGGGAUGUAUCCCAUUCUUCCUGCUGUCAACGCGUGGAAUGUCGCCAACUGCCCAAGCCCUCAGAAGCGCGCCAUCAGCAUUGGCUUCCUUGUUUGUGUAGGCAAUAUUGGAGGGCUUAUUGGCAGCUACAUUUAUCUCGACAGGGAGGCUCCGCGAUAUCCUACUGGGUUUGGGACAUCCUUUGGCUUCGCAUCUGCUGGUAUCAUUGCAGGAACUGUUCUUGAAUUCUCGCUGAGACGUCUUAACAAAGAGAAGGAGCUGCUAGACGAGGACGAAGUCCGGCGGACUUAUAGCGACGAGGAGCUUGACAAGAUGGGUGAGAAGAGCCCCCUAUUCAAGUAUGCUUUGUAG